AGCUGACCAAGUUGUUGUGCUGCUGAAAGCUGGUCCUCAGACGGCAACGCGACGAGGAAGCGAAGACAUCAAACGACUUUUAAAAUACGCAAUUUCUCACUGACCAUUUUAUAUUUUAGCAGUUUAUAUUUUUAAUGCGUGAGUUAUUGAUAUAUUUUCCAUAAUUGUACAACCAACGCUUUCUUCAACCGUAUAACUUGUUGACUUUGACGCAAUAUGCCUUCCGAAAAAACCUUCAAACAAAGAAGGACAUAUGAGCAGAGAGUGGAAGAUGUGAAAAUCAUCCGUGAGCAGCACCCCAACAAGAUCCCUGUGAUUAUUGAGCGGUACAAAGGAGAGAAACAGCUUCCCAUCCUGGACAAGACCAAAUUCCUAGUGCCGGACCAUGUGAACAUGAGCGAACUCAUCAAGAUCAUCAGGAGGCGUCUGCAGCUCAACUCCAACCAGGCCUUCUUCCUGCUGGUCAACGGACACAGCAUGGUGUCUGUGUCGGCGGCCAUCGCUGAGCUGUACGAGCGGGAGCGCGACCAGGACGGAUUCCUCUACAUGGUGUACGCCUCCCAGGAGACCUUCGGAACGACUGCCGCUGCCCAAUGAACGGCUGCGGAUCCGCGCCGCGACCCGGCCCCUGUGGCUGUGACAAUGAUGUUGAUGAAGUCCCGACUCCCUCCUCCUUACGUCAUUGUGUCAUUCGGUAGUUCACUACGAGAAGUGGCCAAUGGAGAGCUUGAAAUCCCAAUCUUCCACUGGUUAUAAUCUCGUGGGAUCAUUCGUUGUAGCAUUGUGUUGGGCUCUGCCAGAGGGGCCGCUUGCUUCCGUCAACGCUACAACAUCUGUAAACACACAUACGUAUAUAUAUAUAUAUAUAUAUGUAUACAGCACAUACCAUAGGAGAUACUUGCGUUAUGUCUUUCUGGGUUCCAUAUUUCAUUGUACUCAUAGUUAAACAAGAAUAUGCUUGAUUCAACCUCCCGGGUGACCUUGAAUGAUCAGGAUUCAGAAUAGGGAUGAUGACAUGAUAAGUAGGAUCAGACAGAGAUUGCCAUCUUCUUCUCUGCUUAAUCUCCCUUCUGGGCCCUUUGUGUCUGUAUGUUUGAGUUCCUACUUGGUCUAUCUACGUUCCUUUGCUUGCUAAUAUUACACUUUGUUAAAAUGAAACUGAUUCUUCAGAAAUAGAUUUUUUUAUUGGGAGAUUGUGCAAAGGCAUUUUUUGACAACAUAAGGAGUGUCAUUUUAAUAGAUGGUGGUUCUCUAAAUGCACGUAAUCCCAUUGAAUGGCAAUCCCAAUGUUCUUGAACUUUCAAGCGGAGACCUAGAAUGUCUGUUGUGGUCCAUGUCCUCUGAGAGACAUGGUCUCUACCGCAGUUCGCAGAAUCAAGAGGAGAAGUGCAUAAGCUACCCUAUUUACGAGUGUAAGCGGGCAUGGACAAAUCAGUUGGCAUGUCUGGGUCUGGAUAGACUAGAGGCUUGAUUAGAGGCUGUAUUUACCCAUCGGCCCACCUGUUAGGUAAAGAUUGCGCCAUAGCACUUUACAUGCUUCCCUUGCUCUGCUCACUUCCCUUCACUGGUUUCUCCCUGCCAUUUGGGGUUGUGUCGCUUUUAUAAUUGCAGUAUUUUUAUCCAUUUUGUUUGUUUUUUAUUUAAGCUAAUUUUACUUUUAUGUACUAUGUGUGACUCUCGCUGUUCCAUGUGGAGUGUCAAGGUGACUAGUUUGCUAGUUCUGUCUUUCUGAUUACCGAUUAAAUGCAUUAUAUGUAAGUAACAGACACAUUCACAUUUCCUUUCGAUGUAGUCUCUGUGCUUGCUGUUUUAAAAACAUGUGCACGUUCAACACAAACGUACACAGUAACAACGCCCAGCUUUCGUAUUUAUGUUUGUAUUUUUUCAACAAUAAAAAUGAAGAGUAAAAAC